CUUGCGGCGGGACGCGCGAGACUCCGGCUCCAAGACACUCAUCCAAGAGAAAGGAUGACCAGUGCCUUCUCUAAGUUGCUAACUGGCCGCAAUGCUUCUCUGCUGUUCGCUACCUUGGGCACGAGUGCCCUAACCACUGGAUAUGUGGUUAACCGGCAGAAGGUACGUGCUGAGACCCGGGAGCAGUCAAAGAUGUUCCCGCCAAGCGCAGAUUACCCUGACCUGCGCAAGCACAACAACUGUAUGGCCGAGUGCCUCACCCCAUCUAUCUACGCCAAACUCCGCAACAAGAUGACACCUAAUGGCUACACCCUGGAUCAGUGCAUCCAGACUGGAGUGGACAACCCUGGCCACCCCUUCAUCAAGACCGUGGGCAUGGUGGCUGGUGAUGAGGAGUCCUAUGAGGUAUUUGCUGACCUUUUUGACCCUGUCAUCAAGGCAAGGCACAAUGGCUAUGAUCCCAAGGUUAUGAAGCACCCCACAGAUCUGGAUGCAUCCAAGAUCACCCACGGUCUGUUUGAUGAGCGCUACGUGCUAUCAUCUCGGGUGCGCACCGGGCGCAGCAUCCGUGGGCUGAGCCUGCCGCCUGCCUGCUCCCGCGCUGAGCGCCGGGAGGUGGAGAAUGUGGCCAUCACGGCCUUGGAGGGCCUCAAAGGGGACCUGGCCGGCCGCUACUACAGGUUGUCAGAGAUGACGGAACACGAUCAGCAGAGACUCAUCGAUGACCACUUUCUGUUUGAUAAGCCAGUAUCCCCUUUACUAACUUGUGCUGGGAUGGCCCGUGACUGGCCAGAUGCCCGGGGAAUCUGGCAUAACUAUGACAAGACAUUUCUCAUCUGGAUAAAUGAGGAAGACCACACCAGGGUAAUCUCUAUGGAAAAAGGAGGCAACAUGAAGAGAGUAUUUGAGCGAUUCUGCCGUGGACUUAAAGAAGUAGAACGACUAAUCAAAGAACGAGGCUGGGAGUUCAUGUGGAAUGAGCGCCUCGGAUAUAUUCUGACCUGCCCUUCUAACUUGGGCACAGGACUGCGGGCUGGUGUCCAUGUUAAGAUCCCAAAGCUCAGCAAGGAUCCUCGCUUUUCUAAGAUCCUAGAGAACCUGCGACUCCAGAAACGUGGUACAGGUGGUGUGGACACUGCAGCGGUGGCUGAUGUGUAUGACAUUUCAAACAUAGAUCGCAUUGGGAGGUCUGAGGUGGAGCUUGUUCAGAUAGUCAUCGAUGGAGUCAACUACCUGGUGGAUUGUGAGAAGAAGCUGGAAAGAGGUCAGGAUAUUAAAGUGCCACCACCUCUUCCUCAGUUUGGCAAGAAGUGAACUUUCUUUUUCCCAGUUUAUAAGUAAUCUGUCUGCUGGUAUAACAGACAUACUACUCUGAGAGUUUUUGUAGAAUGAAAACAUUGUAAACUUAUAGGAACUAAUAUUAUAAAUAAAACUCUCCUUAUUAUCUUUGA